UAGAAGGCUAAUUUGUUAUUUUUGUUAGUAAUUAAAAUCUCGUUAAUAACUUUUAUUCCCUUUUGUAGUUCCAACGCUACCUAUAGAAAACAGUUUUCAGGCUUAGCCAACUUUUCAUUCUAUCUCCUCAUUUUUCUUGUCUGCUUUUCAUUUCAUCGGUUGCACUGCGAACAUCUCAAGAGGGGAUGGCCUCUUCUCCGCCUGUUCGUCUGAAUAUAGGUGGAAGAAAAUUCUGCACAACCCUUGAUACCCUAACUCUUAGGGAUCCCAAUUCAAUGCUUGCUGCCAUGUUUGGUGGUCACCACACUGUUUGCAAGGAUGGCAAGGGAUAUGUGUUUAUUGACAGGGAUGGGAAGCAUUUUCGGCAUAUUUUGAAUUGGCUGAGAGAUGGUGUAGCUCCCAUUCCCAAAUUGUCUGAUUUGGAGCGUUCAGAGCUUUUGCAGGAAGCAGAAUACUAUCAGCUUCUUGUAAGUUUUUUUCAUGGAUCUAUUGUAUGGUACCAACUGUGUAUACAUGUUCAGUAG